AACUCGUGGCAUGACGCGGAAAUCGAGUGUAGCAUAGAGGGCGGCCACCUGGUGUCCAUAGGCAGCGACUCUGAGCAACAGCUGGCCCACGAUCUGGCUCUGGAAGAACGGGACAAGGUCUGGAUUGGAUACACAGAGGAGGGCCACCCGGGCACCUUCACCUGGGUGGACGGAACCAGUGACAACAAAACCUACUGGCAUGAUGGACAGCCCGACACGUCGUACAACGGAUACGGGGCGGCUGUGGUGGACAACGACGACCCCAGCGGCUUGUGGGUGGUGGGAAAAGGUCACUCAGGAUUACCACUACCUGUGUGAGAAGCCAACAGGGUCGUGUCUGCCUGGCUGGGAAGAGUUUAAGAGUUCGUGCUACUACUUCAACACGGAGAGCACGGACCUGAUGGUGUGGGAGGACGCCAGGACCACGUGCAGUAAUGUGAAGGCCCGGAUGGUUGUACUGGAUACGGAGGAGGAAGACGUUUUCUUUCGUAGCCGCAUGCCGGAGUCCGACAAGCUGUGGAUCGGAUUGUAUAGCAAGACCGGGGAUGACAUCUAUUGGACGGAUGACUCACUAAUGAGUAGCAAGAACUUCACGCACAUGUCAGAUGACGACAAGGCCGCCGCCAUUGCUAACAAGGACCAGCAGUGUGCCUACCUGGAGCAGACCACAAACGCAGACGGAGAACCCACCUCGUCUUGGAUACCUACUGACUGUUUAACCCCGCGACAUUACGCGUGCGAGGCGGAUGUCGGGGCGGAACUUAGUCUUAUUCCACCUUCCAAUGAGCGGUACUGCCGGGGAGGAGACUGGAAGCAGCAUGAAGACUUUUGCUACCUCUUCCUUGCUGACGAGAAGUCGUGGACACAAGCGGAGGGGUACUGCCAGGGCCUCGACAUUAGUGCUCAUCUCGUGUCUGUCCUCACGUGGGGAGAGCAGGAUUUUGUGUUCAACAACGAGCUGGCGGGGGGGUGGAUAGGACUCAAUCAGAGGGAAGAGGAAUCCUGGCGCUGGAGUGACGGCAGCAUAGUCACUAUCCAGAACUGGGAGGAAGGAGAGCCAAAUGGAGACGAGGAAACCUGCGUCGAGAUGUAUUUUAAUAACGGCAAGUGGAAUGACAUAUUCUGCAAUGAACUGAAGUCGUUUUCCUGCAAGAUGCCGGCUUCCACCUCCCCCGUGGGCACCGUCACCACCACCACCGCCAUCCCCGACACCUCUGCGUGUGGGUAUGACUGGACUGAGAAUCCUAGCACGGGCGAGUGUUACCGGGUGGAGGUGCGGGACAUGGUGUACAUUGAUGCGCGGCAGCACUGCAAGGAGCUGUACUAUGACGAGGGGCAGUCAAAACCAGACCUGGUGUCCAUCUACACGCCCGAGGAGCAGGCCUUUGUGUACAACUUGUUGGAGGGGCAGCACCUCAGCCAGAGCGCCAUUUGGAUCGGCAUGAAGAAUGACUAUACUGACAACAUGUGGCUGGACGGGACUCCCUCUGCUUACUUCAACUUCGCGGACGGUGAACCCAGCGACACGUGGAAUGAGAAUUGCGUGGAGAUGUAUACAACUGGUGGGAAAUGGAACGACGCGUAUUGCGGCAACCGCCAGCCAUUCAUCUGUGAGAAGAAAGGAAGGAACUACGUUGGACCUCAGCCGCCCCCUCCCCCAGAUGUGCAAUGUCCAAGCGGAUGGGUAUUCUGGGACCACAGCUGCUACUACUUCUCUUCGGACAAAGCUGACUGGUUCCAGGCUGCAAGCAAAUGCUACACCAUGAUGGGGAGUCAGCUGACCUCCAUCACUAACCAGGACGAGAACGACUUCGUGCAAGGCAUCCUGCAGGCCGACCAGAAGGACGCGUGGCUGGGCUUGCGGGACGACGACCAAGGUGGAAACUGGCACUGGACCGAUGGAUCCCCGUACUUCUGGACCAACUGGGGGUACGGCGAGCCUAGCAACGCUAACGGAGAGGAGCACUGCGGGGAGAUGAGGUCGUGGGACUAUUACUGGGACGGAAAGUGGAACGACAUCAAGUGUGACCAGAACAACUACUACGUGUGCAAGAUGAAAGUUGACACGUGCCCUUCGGACUGGUCAUACAGCGGCGGCAAGUGUUACUACGUGAGUGACUUCGAGGCGACGAGGAACGAGGGGGAGGUCAAUUGCCAGGAGAUGAACACGAAGGCAACGCUCGUCAACAUCCACUCCGAAGAGGAAAACCAGUUCUUUGCCGAUCAGUUAAUCCAGAGCAGUCAGUCUUGCUGGUUGGGACUGCAGUACGACGGGGCCAACUGGACCUGGACAGACGGCACACCCAUGGACUACAGCAAUUGGAAUGGAGGCGAACCAAACAACCUGGACUCUGAGAUGUGCGGGGAAAUGAUUGACUAUCCUGGUUCUGAAUAUGAGGGGAAGUGGAACAACCUGGCCUGUGGAGAGUCGAGGGCCUUUGGGUGUGAGUUAUAUCCCACGCACGUGAUUGGCUGCGCUAACGGCUGGGAGGAGUUCGAGGACUACUGCUACAAGUACUAUAGCUCUGAAUACGUGACGCACUACGACGCGAGGAAGCAAUGUCAAGACGAGAGCGCCGAUCUGGUGUCCAUCCACUCCGCCGAAGAAAACGACUUUGUGUAUUCCUUGAUGAAUUACGAGUACUAUUGCACCUACAUUGGCCUCACGGACGUCGGCCACCACAUGUUCUUCAAGUGGCUGGACGGGACGCCAGUGGUCUUCACCCAAUUUUCGAGUUCCCUGGACCUGUCGGCACCCGGGCUGUGUGCCUGCAUGCAAGGCUACUACGGAGGCACGUGGAACCUGGAAGACUGCAACAAUGUAGAGCACUUCGUGUGUAAGAAGCCCAAGGAAGCCAUGCCGCUGCACCCAGUCGAGACAGGCUGUACUGAGGGGGACAUCUACUACGAGGCGUCUUGCUACAGCUUCCAAGACUACUCUUCCUCGUGGGAUGGGGCCAAGAAAAGCUGUGAGAACCUCAACCAGCAGCUCAUUGCCCUCGAGACGCAGUUUGAGACAGCGUACAUUUCGUCGGUGCUGGCAGAAAAGCAGUCGAAGAUUUGGAUUGGUCUCUCCGGCUCCAUCGCCUCUGACGGAAGUGUUACCUUUUCCUGGGUCAACGGGAAACCUCUUGAGUACUCCUACUGGGAUAGAUACGAGCCAGCUCCAGAGCACGGGACCUGUGUGGUUUCAUCAGGACUGGACAACGGCUUCUGGGGAGUGCGAAACUGCGAUGACAACUACCCGUACCUGUGUGAGUAUGAUCGAGUCGGGUACACCACACCGCGCCCCCCGACCACCAAGGCGCCUUCUGACUACUGCGCGUACGACUGGGAGCACAAGGGCCUGGCGUGCUACAAGGUGAUGCUGGACGGAGCCACCUGGAGCGAGGCAGAGGACCGAUGCGCCAAGUUCGGCGGGCACCUGGUCAGUGUGAGGGACGAGCUGGAGCAAACACUGAUUCUCGGCCUGACAGGAAUCGACGAGGCUGUUUCAAAGUACGGCAGUGUCUGGGUGGGCCUCGUCUUGGACACAAACUCAGGUUACGAGUGGGUAGACGGAACGGGUGUCGACUUCGUGAACUGGGCGGAGGGGCAGCCCGACAGUCACGGGGGCCGGGAGACGUGUGUGUCAGCUGAUGCCUCCUCCUUGAAGCUCUAUGACAGUGUUUGCAUGACCCACAUGGCCUUCAUCUGCGAGGCGCCCUCUGGCAGCAUGAUGACCACCGCCACUGUCCCCACCAAGCCUCCCCUCCAACAGUGCCCUAACAACCCUGACUGGUACAAGCACAAGAACCACUGUUACAAGUUCAUCUCCAGCACGGACGAGCCGGGACAGACGUGGUGGAAGGCUCACAGACUCUGCAGGGACGAGGGUGGUGAGCUGGCCUCCAUUCUGUCCAACGAAGAGAACUACUGGAUUGAGUCUAUGAUGUACGACAAGGCGGGGCAGGCGAUGUGGAUUGGCGGGCGGGCACUGCUGGGCACGGGUUAUGAGUGGAUAGAUGGCGAACCCUUCAUCUAUGACAACUGGGCGACCGGCGAACCCAACAACGUGCACGACCAAGAGGACUGCAUCAACAUGUACACGAACAACCAGGGCUACUGGAACGACCAGAACUGCGGCAGCACAGCGGGUCGUAUUUGCAAGCGCCCGGAGGGCGUCACUCUACCUCCCGCCACUACCACCAAGGUCCCUGAUGGCCACUGUCCCGAGGGCUGGGUACACACAGGCACGAAAUGCGUUUACUUUAACAAGAAGAGCAUGAACUUCACAAUAGCUCGGCAGGUUUGCCAGAAGAUGGGAAGCAAGAUGGAUCUUGCCAGCAUUCACUCCGCCGCUGACCAAGCAUAUCUGACGGCGGCGAUGGUGACGCAGGAACAGCACAUGUGGAUCGGGAUGCGGUACGAGAUGGGCUUCUACUGGGUGGACCAGUCGGAGGUCACCUACACCAAUUGGGGACCCGGAGAGCCUAACGGAGGGGCGGGGAAGGAGGAGUGCGUGGAGGUGAACACCGACACUGGCCACUGGAAUGACAUCAACUGCUCCGACGAGUUUGGUUCCAUAUGCAUGAUGACUCAAGAUCCCAGCCUGCCCGACCACCACACCGUGAACUGCCCCGCGCCCCACGAGAAGUACGUAGCCUACAACGGGGAGUGCUACAGGGCGGUCACUGAUGCCAAGACGUGGGAGGAAGCGGAGGCGACCUGCACGGGGGAGAACGCCCAUCUGGUUUCCAUUGAGACUUUGGCCGAGGACAGCUUUGUGUGGGCGGCGGGGCAGGAGAAUGCCUUCAGCAGCUUCUGGCUGGGACUCAACAACAAGAAGAACCUUGACACGUAUGAAUGGUCCGACGGGUGGCCGAUGAUCUACAGUAACUGGGGAGAUCAGGAGCCAAUAGGCAACCCAGUGAAGCACAGCUGUGUCAUUAUGAACAUGACUCACGGCAGCUGGUACACCAAGUCGUGCGACCAGUCCUACACCUUCAUGUGUAAAUACACUAACGAGACGGUGCCCACUCCGGACCUGCCUGUCACCGGCAUCUGCCCCAACAACCGCUGGGUGGACCUCAAUGGCGGGUACUGUUACUUAUUUUCCAACGAAACCCAGAAGUGGUCCGAAGCCAACAUGAUCUGCAUGCAGGAGAACGCAAACCUCGCCUCCGUACAUUCAAAUGAUGAAAUGAAACUGAUAAGGCUUCACAUGCAGGACCAUAAUGAACCCUUCUGGAUCGGCCUUCUUGAAUCGGAGAAUGGCGAGAAAUGGACGGAUGGCACCGGUCUAGACUUCGUGUACUGGAUGAAGGAUGAACCGAACAGCCACGGGGAGAAGUGCACAGAAGCGGUGGUGAAGACCGGCCGAUGGAACGACGUGGAUUGCUUAGUGUCGCGCUAUUACGUCUGCAAAACCCCCAAAAUUCAGGAACCAACAGACAUCCCGCCAGUACACACCACGACCAAGAAGCCAGGAGGCGGUGGUGGAAGCUCAGGUAAGCUGAGCGGGGGCGGCAUAGCGGGUAUCGUCAUCGCCGUGCUCUUCGUGGUGGCAGCAAUGGGCUUCGUGGGCUUUACCUACGUGCAGAAGAACCCCAAGAGACUGAGAGGGUCCAACCAGCGGCUCAGCUUCGAGAACAUCGCUUACAGUCCAGACAACACCACGGAGAGGCCGGCGGAGAAUGCUGGGGGUGUGUCUGUCAUCAAUGUUUCAGAUGGAGGAGGAAGUGAAGCUUAGAUAGUUAACAUUAGUUUCAACACUAAUACUAUUUUAACAUCAAUUUUAGUUCUUUCAUGAUCUGUUACAAUUUCCAUCUUUUCCUCUUCACUAAAUGGUUUCUUUGUUGCUGAGCCUUUUUCCAUCAGUCAAUUAGUCGUUCAUUGCUCAAUUGUUCCUGUAUUCUGUUCUCUCACACGCAGUUAUCAGUUGUCCUCUCUCUCUGUCGUUCUCUUUUCUACCUCCUCGUCCUCCCUUCUUUCUUCAGGUAUGCAGUUCGCAGAAAACGAGAGAUGAGUUGUCAAGAUUUUUAUAUUUUGUCUGUCUUCAAGUUUACGAUUUCAAGUUAAAAGUAAUGGGAUAGUGAUGUGUGUGUAUGUGUGUGUGUGUGUGUGUGUGUGUGUGUGUGUGUGUGUGUGUGUGUGCGCAGGUAGGUGGUUUUCAUUGUUAUGUAUUUAUCAUAGUUUUGUUGUAUUACGUCACAGUAAUCACACACUCACUUCUUCAUUACAUUAUCGCUUGACAACCAAUCAGGAAUCUGUGUGUGGUUGUGAUCAAACGUUAAUUUUAAGUUCUUUCUCAAUAAAACAUUAUCGUUCAGUG